AUGUCUUCUCUGAGCAUCUUGUCAUUGUCACUGCUGCUGUUGCUGAUUCUGAUGUUCAUGAUGAAAACCGCAGUCUCAAUGCCAAAGAGAUCAGGCUGCCCCAAAGCCGAAAGGAACGACUCUUAUCAGAACGUGAAGAUCAGCAUGAAUAUCAUUAACCGGAACCCAGGCUCGAAGAUGUCCCCUGAUUACAAGAAGCGCUCCACCUCUCCUUGGGAUAUGUUUCCUAAUGAGGAUGCCAACAGACUACCCCGAACAAUCUGGGAGGCUAAGUGCCGUCACUCCGGCUGCAUCAAUGCUGAGGGAAAAGUGGACCACCACAUGAACUCUGUUGAAAUCCAGCAGGAGAUCUUGGUCCUCCGCAGACAGUUCCCAAACUGCUCCACUUCCUUCCAACUGGAGAAGAUGCUGGUCACUGUGGGCUGCACCUGUGUCACCCCACGCACACAGUCCUGA